AUGCAGAUCAGUUCUACCGGCUCUAAGCCAGUCAUCUUUAUUGGUGCCACAGACGCAAUAUGCGGAGAAGCUAUCAGAACUUUUGUGCAAGCAAGCGACGUACCUGUCAUUCUCGAAGACUCCGACGAGGAUGCACUCCGUGGAGUUGUUACCAAGGUACCCGGUAAAAAUAUCACCAUACGAAAUAUCGCCGGAGUUGGGCUCGUGAUUCAAGGAGCGCAGCCAUACUAUCGAACCUCAACACUAGUACUCACAGCUUGUAUCGACGCAAAGGUACCCUACCUGGACUAUUCAAAUGACCUGCACAGCACACAAGUGCCACUCGAUUUACAUGAAAGGGCAAAGCGGGAGGGCCUUGAUACCAUCGAGGGUCUUGAUAUCUGUUGGUUCGUCAGCGAAGAGGGCGGUCAUUCAGGUAGAGAGGUCCUGGAGCACCUGAUGCAUAUCACAGGUGGACCUUCUUAUGCCCCCACUAUCACAGGCUCUAAUGAUCUUUUCCAUGAGAUUGUCCAUCCCGAGCCGAUUACCUUGCCGCGCCGGCUCCCAAAUAUUACUCGGAUUCGAACCAUCAGUGCUCUCAGCCCUGCGCCAUUCAACGGUUUUGCACGAGGUCUGGGUGUCGCAGUCCACUCAGGGGCUGUUUCUAUAGAUGCAGCCAUCGACUUCCUUGAUGGUAUACAGAAAAAGCCCUCUGCUAGCUGGAGUGAGACCAUCGCUUCCCAUGGUAUCGUGUCCCUCAUGCCAUUAAACCUUGCCUUAUGGGGCAUGAUCAAUCAGGUGCGUAAGGGAGAAUGCACCUCGGGCGAGGUUCUGAGUUUUUUGGUCGAUUCCGCGCGGGGCAAGCAAGCGCUACGUCGAUCAGGUAUUCUCGUUCGUGGCAUUGACAUCCGCGAUGGACAUCCUACUUUCAUGGGAGAGAGCAUGGCAACUUCAAUUGGGGCAUCUUGUGCCGCAUUCGCCCUGAUGGUGCUGGAUUUAGGGGCACGCAAGCGGCCCGGAGUCCAGUGUCCAGAGGACUGGGCUGAGCUGGAGAUUUUCAUUAAGUCUAUGGAGAAGCUAGGGUGUCCUUGGGAUCAGAUUCUUGAAUCCGUUGAACGUAAUGUGUUUCACGUUUGA